AUGAGCCAACCGCCGUUUCCUAACGAGUACCUCAAACGACUCGUUGGCGCAUCUGAUCAAAAGGCCUGUGUUGUGUGUUAUAAGCCAACGCAAACGGUUCUUUUGGCAGCCAACAAGGCCGACUUUUUCUAUGUCUGCGCCGCUCACCUUAAGGACUCGUCGUUUGCAUCUCCAGUUCACCCUGAAAAGUAUACUCAAUUGCUCGAAAACCGCAAAGAGAAGGAAAAGUCCUUGGUGCUGGCACGUGAAAAGGUCGAGCUCAACAAGCCGUAUGCGUGGGAUAAGAUUGUCAGCUCCGUGAGUUGGAAAUCCAAAGAUAAGGAUGCGAAGGACGACAAAGAUAAGCCGGGAAAGGAAACAUAUGAGUCAAUGGUGAAGAACCACGAGGCGGCCAAAAAGGAACUUGCUGAAUUGAAUGAGCAGAUCGCCAACUUUGACUUCAAAACGUUCAAGUUGGACAAGGACAUGUACAAAGGCAGGGUCAACAGCUACAUCCAAACCCGAGUGAAGGCAGCUCGCCAGAAGGAGAUGCAAAACCCAUCAUUCUUUCCUUCAGUGCCAUCAGGAACACCGCAGAGGUAA